GCCAUUGGCAAACGAACCGUGAAGCCACCUGAAACUACCUCGUGAGACGCCAUGGCUUGACGACCUGUACAUCGACGAUAAGAUUCUCACUGUCCUUCUCUCUCUCCGCGCACUCCAUCCCAUCUCAUCUCUGACGUGGUGUUCUCCAUGGCCUACAACAGAGCAUUCAAUCCUGACGCCUUGCCUGCACAUGCAGAGCCAGAACAGGCUGCUCAAGCCCUCAGUCAGCUGCAGGGAAACCGCAACCCCUCCCCAAGCACGCGCUAUACAAAUCAGGCACAACUAAAUCCUAACGCUCCUCGUCCUCCACCGUCAGGCGACCGCCGUACAUCCCCUGCCUCCCAGUAUCGACCGCCUCCUGUACAAAAUUACCCUCAGCAACGUACUUCUAACAACCAGUCCUACGUCGACAAUCAGUACAAUCGCCUGCAAUCCCCCCCACCACAAAGCUACGGCUAUGGACGGGGUCAUCGACCUCAACACGAACCAAGACGGUCCUCGAGUGAGACAAAUCACUACUCCGGCCGCGCGACUGCGCCUCCUGAUCCAGAUUCAGCCGACCUCUUCCCUCUUUUCCGUGCAGCAAAUCAGUCGGGAACAGGUUUGAUGACAACUACUGAACUAGGUUCCGCCCUUGUAAAUGCCGAUUUCACUCCCUUUGACGGCAGCACCAUCUCGUCGCUGAUGCGCAUGUUCACUACCUCCCCACCCAACCAACCCCAGGGCCCGACCAUCACGUUCACCGAGUUUGAGAGUCUCUGGCGAUUUCUUGCCGCUUGGCGAACACUGUUCGAACGCUUUGACGAAGACGGCAGUGGCCGAAUAUCCUUGGGGGAGUUUUCCAAAGCCAUGACGGCGUUUGGCUACCGCUUGUCACAGCCAUUUGUCACUGUGCUGUACCAUACCUUCAAUGACCGGAGUCCAGUCCUCAACCAAGGAAUGAGCUUUGACUUGUUCGUCCAGGCCUGCAUUAGUCUAAAAAGGAUGACAGAUGUGUUUAAGAAAUACGAUGACGACCGCGAUGGCUAUGUUACUAUGAGUUUCGAGGAGUUCUUGACGGAGAUCCUCCGGCUACGAGAUUGAUAGGAAAGGCACGCUGGCCAUAUUAUGACGACUUCAACGAAAUCCAAAACUCGCUACUCCCAGGGCAGGACGAUGGAGGGUCGAAGGGGUGUUAUACCCUCAGGACGAUGCCUUGGACAUUCAUAGACCGUCAUCCAGUGCAUGCAACUUGCUCAAGGGACCGACGGUGGACGCUUUGGAAAGUGCACUAGCUCUCUUAGGCGGUUCAUGUCCUUUGAAUCUUGCAUCGUGAGACUUAUGCUUGCGCGGCGACAAGACGCCCGCUGGGGCGACACAUCUCACCCCGCAAAUAUUCAGGUCAGACAGUGCCGCUGAUAGGCGACCCUCUGGGGAAGGUUCCCAGUACUUCGUAGGAUCAUAUGGACGGGCUGUGGAUGGUACAGUAGACAUUGUCGAGUCGACCACUGGUGAUCACCCGCGCACAUACUGUGCGAUGUGGUGCGUUGCGACGAGAAAGUCCGGCGUCGGGGGCUGGUGCGAGGGCUAACGUCAUUUGACGGUUGUGAUGCGGUGAGAAGCCGAUUCCCCUCAUCCAAAUGCAUGGAACAACAACAGAAGCAUCUGAGAUCUUGGAUGGGAAUAGGCAGAGCUGCAGAGCCCACUCGGAAAGAGCCUAGCUAACUAAUCAGUUCUCCCUUCCACGUGGAUGGUGCACACAGUACGGAGUAGUAGCUCCUGCACCAAAGGAGGUCGGCGAGCCCAAAAUGAUUACUUUCAUCAGGACUCGGCUCACCGACAUUGCAGAGAGUGUUGAGAGUCAAUUCUGGGCCAUCUCGAUUCAUACUGUCCAUUAGGCAAGUCCAUAGCCCGCUCGACGAUACUCGAAGGGGAAAGCCUGGACACGGGAAUUCGGUAGGGGCACGUCUUGUUACGACACUUGCUCGCCUAACUUAAGGUAGGUGACCGGUUUUCUUUGGUGUAGCCACCAUUGAGAAGGGGUUUGGUUUAGAGGCCGACCCCAGUUUGUGCCUAGUUGCAUGAGGAUGCUUGUGGGUGGAACGUGGUCUGUGGGCAUCGCGGGCUUUUGCGUGGCU